CUUCACAACUCUCGUCGGAUUGACGCGCUGCAGUGAUGCCAGCAAUGUUGACUUUCAACGCAGGAGCGACCAAACAAACAAGUGCAUGCUCUUAGUUAAGUGUGAUCAACUGAAUCCACGAGUGCGUUGUACUACCAGCCGUCGGAUGAACUACUCAUCGUGAUCGCAACUUUUGUGCUGCGAUUUUGGAGUUCUUCAGGCCCGUGGUUCUGCUAUGUGGACCGUUUCGCUGCAAGAUCUUGGGUUUGUGAACUCAAAUCGUUCAAGCGACCGAUGCAGUGGAUGCAGGCCCUCCCGACCUGGGACGAGAGGCAGGAGCAGCGUCGUUGAACUCUUGCCAACCUCACCUCCUUCUCGUUCACCGACAAAAGAUGUCGCCAGUGCGAGUCGAUAUUGGAUUGGUGCUUGCGCUUGUCCAUAAUCCCAAGACAUUGUCAUUAUUGGGCACGUUGCAUUUUGUUGGUAGGUCUCGCAACUCUUUUCAGGCGCAUAAAAUGUGGCCUCCGCAUACGCGAUACGUCAUCUUAUUUUUUUUUUUGUGGACAAUGAGGGUCGGAAUGCGAAUAGCUUCAAGGCUCGAGUUGUUGUUGCACCACUUGUUUUGGCGAUGGAGAUGGAGGCACGGCUAUCGCAUCAGAGGGUCCCUGCUAGAUCGCGUCUAUAUGCCGUCUCCUGGCCAGGCAAAAGCGGCGCCUUGGCUUACUCCCUUCAUUCGCUCCCUGCAUCUCUCUACAAACUUUCCAUUCGCGUCUUGACACUUGGGGCAUACCACACACCAGUUAGGAAACAUCGAGGGCAUGAGGAUCUCUGUCCCCGUUGGGAUCAUACGUCGACCCUUGGAGCUCACCCUCUUAAAUUUUUUUGGGUGGAGGGGAGGAAAACAUGGGGCGCGAAAACAAUCCCCCCAUCAUUCUGCUUCAUAAUACCAACGCCCGGCGAAACACCCAUAUUCCUCAACCGCCACCUCUACAACCGUUCUGAAUAGCGACAGUUAGCAUAUGGCAUCACGCGUUAUGUACCUCGGGCCUUUCUUUGGGUGCUUGAACAUUUGACGAGGGCUUGCCUUAAGCGAGCCAUGCGGGCUUUCGCCGAUAUACAUGAGCGCUACCUGGAAAUCAUGUUAUGGCAUCGACAGGAUGCUCAAGCUCUGGACUCUGGGCUACGGAGGGGAUGACCGACGGGCAGGAUUCCAAGGGGAGGCGAUGGAUUGUGCGGUUGGAUGGAACUUUGUCAUGAUAACAAGCGGCCCGUUGAACCUGACACACCUGGCUCCAGCGCUAGCUGUAGAUAGAAGAAAGACGACUUUUCGCCUUGGA